AUGUCUGUUCCCCCAGAUGGUGGACGCGGGGGGAUGGCGCGCUGUGGCUGGCAGUGGGCUUGCUGCAGGCGGGCGAGGUUCGAGAACGGCACUGACCGCCUCACGCUGAGAUUCGCAGAGCUGCCAAAGGAGCGGGGCUUCGCGCACGGCCGCAAGGCGGAGCUGUGCAGCAGCGUGGUGCGGAUGAUCUACGUCGUUGCGGCCUCGUGCCUCCUGACGGGCCUGGUCGAGUACAGGCUCUGGGACGACACCCAGUACCCCACGGCGGAAGCCCGGGAGCUCAGCAGAUGGCGGGUGAUCUUCCUUCUGGGCAUCUGCGUGUCCUUAAUCCUCGCCCUCGGCAUCGGGAGACUGCUGGCCCUGCGCGGCACUGUCGGCACCCUGGGGCUGGAGGUCCUCGUCGUGUCUUCGUGCAUCUGCUUCGUGAUGAUGAUGGCGACUUCCCUCCCGAAGCACUACCUGGCGCGUGCGUUCGGCUACGGCGACCCGGAGGCCGUGUGGGUCAUCAACCUGUGCGGCACCGACGGCAACGUGGUGCUCUACAUCGACUGCAUAGUCACCGCCCUGCACCUGCUGAUGCCCAUACGCUGGUUCGUCCUGGCCCCCGUGGAGGUGGCCGCCGUCCUGGCCUACUCCGUGCCCGCGCUGCUGCUCGGCAGCUCGACCCCGGCCGUGGUCCCCUCCAACAUCAUCGGGCUCCUGGUGCUCACGGUCCUCGCGGCCAUCGGGCGGCGGGGCGUCGAGCGGCAGGAGCGCGCGAUGUUCGCGGGGCUCCUCGAGGAGAAGCAGAUGCGCCUCCGGGCAGAGUUCGAGCUGUCCCAGAAGGGCGGCGGCCAGGCGGCGAGGGCGUCCCGGGCGGACGACCUGGGUUCCGAGCGGUCCGCACCGGCGUCGCUGCCGCCGACGACCAUCAGCGCAGCGCUCUUCGACACCGGCGCGGAGCGGGAGUCGUUGGCCGAGGUCCGCGCCAUUGGCGAGCGGGAGCAGUGGUUGAUCGCUGGCGGCGACGUGGAGAUCCUGACCCACAAAGUCCUCGGCGAAGGCGGCUUCGGCGUCGUCGUGUCGGGCCUGUACCACAACACUCUGGUGGCGGUGAAGGCGCCCAAAGACGACUUGGGGAUGAGCUCACGCCUGCCCGAGCUCUGCAACGAGCUGAGGAUCCUUCGCCGGAUCCGCCACCCCAACGUCGCGUUCUUCUACGGGGCGUGCUUCGACGCCGCCCUCACGAAGCUGUGCCUGGUGCUCGAGUACGUGGACGGCGCGCCCCUCGGCGCGUUCAUCCGGGGCCUGCCCCGCUGCCCCCGACGGCCCGACACGGACUGCCAGGGAGCUCCAGAUUCCGAUUUCGGCGCUUCCACGCGCUCCCCGAUCGUGGUCGACAUCCUGAACGUGCUGCGCUACCUGCACUCGAGGAGGCCCGUCGUCGUCCACGGCGACCUGAAGGAUUCCAACGUGUUCGUGGAGGAGCGGCGCAGCAGGAGCGGGCGGUGGUCCUACCACGCCAAGUUGCUAGACUUCGGCCUCCCCCGGAUCGUCACGAAGAAUGCCAAGUCUCUGGGCGGCACGCUGCGCUGGAUGGCGCCAGAGCUGUGCUCGCGCCACACAGUCCCCCCCGACGCCGCCGCCGACUGCUACUCGUUCGGGCUGCUCGCGUACUUCAUCGCCACGGGGUGCCGGCCCUUUGAGGGCAAGAGCAGGGACCAGGUGGUGAGCUCGCUGAGCCGCGGCCAGACGCCCAGCCUUGUGUGGCCCGCGCCGCUCGACGAGCUCGCACAGGCGUUGCGGCCGGUCGUGGAGCGGUGCACUCAGGAGAGGCCGACGAGGCGCCCCGCGGCGCAGCGAGUCAGCGACGAGUUGUCCGCCGUGCUGAACCAGGUUUUGGCAGGGGUGACGGAGACGGUGCUGGAGACCCUCGGCGCUAGGAGCUCCAGCGGAGAAUUCGGGAAGUCGCUGGCCGUGAGGGCCGACGCGGGCACCCCGACCAUCAGGGAGUUCCAAGAGUUCCACGGCCUGGUGGUGCUGAGGCAGGAGAGCGACGCCACCGUCGGCUCAUUCUUGCCGGGACUGGGCUCCAAGAUGCCCCUGGUGUCCUCAGCGGCUUCGCCCAACAACCCCAGCGGUGCGAAGGAGCCUCUGACCUACCCGGAGUACAAGCCUACGCCGUUGAGCACGCAGAGCCUCUCCACGGUGGCGGGCCUGAUGAUGCAGUGGAACGCUCCAGUGCCUGGAGGUUUCUGCUGCUGGUUGCACGGCGCAUUGAAUUCUUUGGACAAGGUGCGGAAUGAGCUCAGCCGCAGGCCGUGCAACCAGAGGCAGGAUAUCACGGCCUGCGGCCAGUGCGACGACUGCGGGCUACUGCUGAUUGAAGGCCAGUCAUCCUGCGAGUUCUGCGAGGACCAAUCUUCCCGCGAUGCUUACAUGUCCGACUGUGCGGCCGCCUGCCCGGAUGAUAUCACGAACUCGGAAGAAGUACUUUCUGUCUGA